CCCCCAGGCGGUAGCGGCGGCUGCAGCGGCGGUGGCGACAUGAGCGGCGGGGCGGCGUCCGGGACGGGGCGGGGACGGCCCCGGGGCGGGGGGCCGGGACCCGGGGACCCCCCACCCAGCGAGACACACAAGCUGGUGGUCGUGGGCGGCGGCGGCGUGGGCAAGAGCGCACUGACCAUCCAGUUCAUCCAGUCCUACUUCGUGUCCGACUAUGACCCCACCAUUGAGGACUCCUACACCAAGAUCUGCACAGUGGACGGCGUCCCCGCCCGGCUGGACAUCCUGGACACCGCGGGCCAGGAGGAGUUCGGUGCCAUGCGGGAACAGUACAUGCGUGCCGGCCACGGCUUCCUGCUGGUGUUCGCCAUCAAUGAUCGGCAGAGUUUCAACGAGGUGAGCAAGCUCUUCACGCAGAUUCUCCGUGUCAAGGACCGUGACGACUUCCCCAUCGUGUUGGUCGGGAACAAGGCAGACCUGGAGAGCCAGCGUCAGGUCCCCCGAUCCGAAGCCUCUGCCUUCGGGGCCUCCCACCACGUGGCUUACUUCGAGGCCUCGGCCAAACUGCGCCUUAACGUGGAUGAGGCCUUCGAGCAGUUGGUGCGGGCAGUCCGGAGAUACCAAGAGCAGGAGCUGCCCCCCAGCCCCCCCAGCGCGCCCCGCAAGAAGGAUGGGGGGUGCCCCUGCGUCCUCCUGUAA